UAAAAUGGAUAUAAGCAUUCGAUCAGAAAAAAAUAAAAAGGAUUUUAUUCGUAUUUUAAAAGAAACUAUUGUUUUGAGUGAGAGGGAAUAUGUUGAUAUUAAUAUAGAAUGUAUUGUAGAAACCUACCUGAAUAUUGCUGGACAAACUCUGCGAACAGAAAGUGCAAAUACGAUCAAAACAAGAAUACUUAAAGUUAUUAAAAAACUAAUGAAAUACAUGCGAGUUCCUACGAUUAUCGAUCUAUUCGCUUCAUGUGGGUAUGUAGAAAUAGCAAAUCAACUGAAAGAAGCUUAUUUCCGAUUUGGGUCUGGCUACAAAGAACCGUUCACACGUAGACCAACCAUAACAAUAUCCAAAUGCAAAUCUAUACUCUACUUUUACUGCAACCAUAAGCAGAAUAUUGACAAUGGUAUUUUGUUAAAUCCGAAGAUAUUUCUGCAAGAGCAAAUGGACAAGUUAGAAAGUGAACUGUUAUCAUGCAGUUUUAACGCUACAAAAGCAAGCUACAUUUUUCAGAAAUACAUUUGUACUGGUGUGCUUCUAGUUCAACUUGUUGAUGAAACGAUACAAAGAAAAGAGCUAUUAGAAAAGCUGAGAAGCAGAUGUCCCGAAAACGCAGACACUGCGUUGCUGGACGUUGUUGUACUAGGUUACAGCGCUUUUAUUGAAGCGGUUACAGGUGGACCCGACCUAGACAUGGAGCGCUGUGAAGGGAAAUUGAGGCAAAUGUUUGUUAUCAGUGAUCAAUGUUCGGAUGGUUUCAUCAAAGCAGUAUCCAGCAUGAUAGCUCACUACGUAAAUAGAAGGCUACACUUUCAUGGGUACAGGGAAGGAGUAACAUUGGAAAGGUCUCUGCAGUAUUUUGAAAGAGCAGAGCAUUUUGUUAGCUCAGAUUUUGCUGACGAACACAUUGCUUAUGGGAAAAGACUAACGCUUUUGAACAAUGUUGAAAGUUAUUUAAUGAUAACUAAUGAUUUUCAAAUAGAUUUUGCAGUACCAAUUCCACAAACAUGUCGCACGAAAGCUGAAGAAAACCUGGCUAUUUUGGAAACCAACUACUUUGAAGGUAUUGAGGUCAGAAGAAAAAUGAUCUACUAUUUUUGCAAGGCGAUCGUGAAAGCGGAAACUGACAUUCAGUUUGCUCUGAGGUGUGUUCGCAACGCUUUAAGACUUUGUUCUGAAGGAGCGUACUGCGAGUCUGACAGAAGAAAUAUACAGAGGUACCACCAUGAACUCGCGCAAAGAAUGCGGCUUCUUUAAAAACUGAAAUAUCAUUUUUCGAGCACACAGACUUGAAUGUGAAUUGCAUCUACAGCGUUUAUAACCACCGAUGUGUGCUUGAAAUAGCACAGUUGAGGUGUAGAACCAUUUAUACUCCUACUGCGUUUCGUUCGACAAAAGCAUAUAUUUUCAAUAGCAUUCAUUUCCAUUAUCUGAAUGCAUCAGCGGUUUAUCCCUGGUAGUACACAAACGGCGCUUGUAAUUGGUCAAAUUAAUUUUAUUACGGUAAAAUGUAUGUAUGACUACUGAGAUUUUUUCUGUUGUUUUUGAAUAUAAAUUUUGAUGAAAUAAGUGAAUCCACUGACGAUGCCGCUGUUCAAAAAACCGAAUUUAUACAAAGUUUAACUAUCUUGGAAGCUCUCUUUCAGCGUUGUAAUUGAACCAUCCGCAGGAAAUAUUGGGAACAUAUGUAUAGAGUGUAAAUAUAAACAUUGAAUGCUUUAGAAUUGUGUUUUGUUUGUGUAUAAAAUAAUUGUUCGUGCACGUGGUAUUCGUACAAUCACAAAUGUACCGCCGUCAGGUUGUUGCAAUGUCUUCAAAACUAAACUAGCUGUAUAGGUUUGUUUUGAAAUCAUGAUUUCCAUUCAUUCAAACUUUUACACGUACAGAUUUCAGUGGUGUUAAGAUAUCAAUAAAGGCUAUGCUAAUUCACGUCCAAACAUUGCCGAUAUCUUCGUGUCCUACAAUGUAAUGCAAAUAUAAAAAAAAAAAACUCGAUCAAUGUUUAAACAAUCGCUAUGUUCAAGUUGUUUUAUUCAAAGUCUGAAAGAAUUGAUAUUUAGCUAUAUCGCCAUGUUUAAAUUACUCACGUUUUUAGUAAGAUAGAGCACGUGUGUGUAUGAAAACGUUUUUUUCUUUAUUUUACCUAAACAUAUUCGACCAGUUGCUAGGUCUGCCCCUGCAUGGUUAGAUAUGUAAAUAGAUUUACACAUUUAAUUUAUAAACAGACGCAAACGAUAUUUAGCUGUAAAUCAUUUAACUGUUAUAAUUCUAAGCAUACCCUUAUCAUAAUAUCUUAUUCCAUUAUCAAAUCUUCCUUUAAAUGAUUUUGUUAAAAAUUCAAGUCUGACGUAUAUUGUGUAUUUAUAGUAUUUAUGCACUGUGCUGUUUGUAGAGUUGUGUGCUGUUCUAUGUUUCUUGUUUGUGAAUUUGUGUUCUAUGUCUUUGGCGUUUGCCCAUUGCCACUGAACCGGGUUUAUGUUUAAACUUUUUGCUACUGAGCAUGUUUUUGUAGCUUUUUGCAUAUAUAUUAUGAUAAUAUAAUUGUAUAUAGUAUUUGCAAUGUCAGACGACUUACUAUUACAAGCAAUAUUGUUUUCUUCAGAGCAUUGUUUAAACAUUAGUGUGUGCCUUCUCCUCAUCAUGUAUGUGUAUGUACCACGCUGUAAAUAUUUGUAAAUAAAAAUUGUGUUUGUCUUCAUUGGCCGUAUGGCUUAUCUGAUGCGUAAAAAAAUCUUCAUAUAUACAUAUACAUAAUGGCGUCCUAAUAUCGUCCGAUUUAACAUUUUAUGUCAAUAUCAGAGAAAAAAGUAUUCGCUUUCUUUUGUGAAUUUCGCUUAAAAUGCUCCAUUUCUGACUUGAAUUGUUAAACAUUUCUAGUGGGAGUUCCCAAAAACAUCCCUGCAAACAUUUUUAACCAUAAUUAUGCAUUUCGGUUAUAGGGUAGGGGCGCAUGUCAUAAUAUUCAUAGAAAUCUUGCUGUAUACUUGUAUAAUGCUACGCAAAUUAGGGAAACAUGUUACAUGUAUUAUGGGUAAACUGACUCCAUUCAAAGAAUCGUCACGCUAUGAAUACAACGUCCUAUGUCUUUUUUCAUAUAGUUGUGAUAUUCAUAUAUUGAUAUGUCAUGUAUAAUAAUGUGUGUGUAUGUGUGUGAUGUACAUAUAAAAGUUUCUUGUAACUGUACCUUGAUCACUAUGUUAUUAUGUUUGUCAUUGUAAAAACGCUGGGCAUUUUUGCCUCCAUGUAUUUGUGAAUAAUCUCUGUAUAAAACUCUGUCAAAAGGUUGCACGCUUAAGUUACGCCUCCUCUAACGUCAAUUCCUGGACCCGCCCCUAUACAAUAAAC